AUGGCUGCUUAUGAUCUCUGCGCUGGCCCUGUGACACACCUCACAACCUCUUUCUCCACCCUCAACUUAAUCAUGUCCACAAAUCGUCACAUGUCCACCAAUUGUCGCAUGUCCACCAAUCAUCACCACAACACCAGAUAUGUCAAUCUGUACCUCUUGGAGAUGGACCUUACCAUUGAAGAAGGUUUAGCAAAUCUGUCUCAGACACCUGAGCUGCCCAGCACAUCUACCACCUCAAAUUGUGCAAGAUGUCAUGGGCCUGAAUGCGCAGGAAGCAGGAAGACCCAUCAGUUCAUAUGA